AUGAAGCGCAAGGCUGAAUCGCGGAUUGACGACAAGAAGAAGUCCAAGAAGAAGUCCAAGACGACUCUCUCGGCCGACGUCGCAAAGUCACGAUUCCGCAAGGGCCUCUUCGACUCCAACGUCCUCGAGUCCUACACCGACGAGUACGCCAAGUCGAGCCCGUACAAACACUCCGUAAUCACCGGCCUUGUCGACGACAAGCUCCUGCGCUCCGUCCGCGACGAGAUCCGCGAAAACGUCUCCUUCACCCCCAAAGAGACCGACAUCUACAAGAUCCACCAGUCUGGCGACCUCGCCAACCUCGACGGCCUCGACGAUGAGGCUCUAGCCAAGCUCCCCUCUCUCCUCUCUCUGCGCGAUGCCAUCUACUCCGAGACUUUCCGCAACUAUGUCUCCCACAUCACAGGCUGCGGCCCAUUGAGCGGUCGCAAGACCGACAUGGCCAUCAACGUUUACACACCUGGCUGCUACCUCCUCUGCCACGACGACGUGAUUGGCAGCCGCAAGGUCAGCUAUAUCCUGUACCUCACCGACCCAGACAAGCCAUGGAAGGCCGAGUGGGGCGGUGCUCUCCGUCUGUUCCCUGUCGACGAGCUGGAAGGCAAGGACGGCGAGGUUGCCAAGACGCCUGCGCCGGAUCACACCAAGGUCAUACCGCCGGCCUGGAACCAGCUUUCCUUUUUCGCCGUGCAGCCGGGUGAGUCCUUCCACGACGUCGAGGAGGUCUACCACGCCGAAUCCAAGGCCCAGCUCGAGGAAGAUGGUGGCCGCAUCCGCAUGGCCAUCUCUGGCUGGUUCCACAUCCCCCAGAUUGGCGAGGACGGAUAUGUAGAGGGUGCCGAGGAGAAGCAGGUCAAGAACUCGGGUCUCAUGCAGUUGCAGGGCAACCCUGACCAGCACGAUACCCCGCGCCCGCGGCCCGUCAAGAUCAACGAGCCCGGCUCGGAUCUGGCAGCUGGCUUUGACGAGGCAGGCCUUGAGUUUUUACUCAGGUACAUUAACCCACAGUACCUAACGCCGGACACGCUGGAACAGAUCACAGAGCAUUUUGAAGAGAAUUCGAGCAUCACGCUCUCCAACAUUCUGUCAAAGAAGUUCAGUGCCCGGUUGAGGGAGUACAUUGAGUCUCAGGAGAAGGCUGUGCUUCCAGAAGACAGCAGCAAGAUCGAGAAGAGGUCGGCGUGGCGCGUCGCCCGUCCUCCGCACAAGCACCGCUAUCUCUACCAACAGCCUGCAGGCGCUGACGAGCUACGCAGCUCGCAGGAGGAGAACCCCCUGACAGAGCUUCUCGAUAACCUCCUCCCCUCGCGUCAGUUCCGCGAGUGGCUACAGGUUGCUACCGGCACGGUCGUUGAGAGCCACGAAUUCCUCGCUCGUCGAUUCCGUCACGGUCUGGAUUACACGCUCGCUACAGGGCACGAGGGCAAGCCGCGUCUGGAGUUCAACCUCGGCAUUACCCCGUCAAAGGGUUGGGGGGAUGAUGAAGAGGAGGAGGAGGAGAAGCAGGCUGGGGAGGAAGAGGUAGAGAAGUCCAAUGGCAAGUCCAAGAAGGAUAAAAAGGGCAAGGGGAAAGCUAAGGCCAAGGCCAAGCCGGAGCCUGAGCCGGAAGAGGAGCUUGAGGUUGGUGGUCACGAGGUCUAUAUGGCCGGCGACGAUGGCGAGGAGGAAGAGGAUGCGGCGAUCUACAAGUCAAGCGGCGACGAUGACAAUAUCCUCUUCUUCCAGGCUGCGGCGUGGAACAAGCUCACGCUGGUGCUUCGCGACAGCGGUACUCUGCGCUUCGUCAAGUACGUUGGACGUGCUGCCAAGGGCGAUCGCUGGGAUAUCUCGGGUUCCAUUGGCAUCGACGCCGACGACCUCGAGGCUCAAAUCAAUGCCGAGUCCGAUGACGAGGAUUCGGAGGAGGACGAGUGGGACGGCUUCUCUGACCCUCCUGCCGGAGAGUCGAGCGAGAGCGACUAA